UAUAAAGACAAAACAGCAUUCGAUUGAUUUCCCACCCAAAGCUUCUUUCUUCCUUCUUCUUCUUCUUCGAUUUUCAACAAAUCAAAGAAGAAAAAAACAUGUGGCCGAAAAGGCUGGUCAUCCUCAUAGUGGCAAUGAUCCUCUACAGCGGAGCACAGGGGGCAAGUCCGAUAAAGACUGUGGUGGUGCUGGUGAUGGAAAACCGGUCAUUCGAUCACAUGCUGGGAUGGAUGAAGAAGCUGAACCCGGAGAUCAACGGUGUGGACGGGUCCGAGUGGAACAGGGAGUCGGUGGCAGACCCGAAUUCGAAGCAGAUAUUCUUUGGGUCGGGUUCGCAUUACGUGGAUCCGGAUCCGGGUCACUCGUUUCAGGCGAUAAGGGAGCAGGUAUUCGGGUCGGACGAUACGAAGGCGCCGCCGGAGAUGAAAGGGUUCGCGCAGCAAGCUUUGUCGAUGGAUCCGACCGGGAGCAUGUCGGCGAGUGUGAUGAAUGGGUUCCUUCCUGAUAAGGUUCCUGUCUUCCAGUCUCUUGUCUCCGAGUUCGCCCUUUUUGAUAGAUGGUUCGCAUCGAUCCCAACGUCCACCCAACCGAACCGGAUGUACGUUCACGCGGCCACAUCGAGCGGAGCCACGAGCAACCUGGGGUGGAAGCUGGCAAAGGGCUAUCCGCAGAGAACCAUUUUCGAGAAUCUCGAGGAAGACGGGCUGUCGUUCGGAAUAUACUUCCAGAAUAUUCCGUCGACUCUGAUCUAUCAGAAACUGAGGAAACUCAAAUACGUGUUCAAGUUCAAGCCGUACGGCUCUUUCAAGGAUCAUGCCCGAGAGGGGAAGCUCCCGAACUAUGCGGUGGUCGAGCAACGAUACUUCGACUUGGCGCUCGCUCCCGCCAAUGACGACCAUCCUUCUCAUGACGUCUACAAUGGACAGAUGCUGGUGAAGGAGGUAUAUGAAACCCUAAGAGCGAGCCCGCAAUGGAACGAGACGCUGUUGUUGAUAACUUACGACGAGCACGGUGGGUUCUUCGACCACGUCCCCACUCCGGUUAACGGCGUUCCUUCCCCCGACGAUAUCGUCGGUCCCGAGCCCUUCUUUUUCCGGUUCGAUCGGUUAGGUGUCCGUGUUCCUACCAUUGCCGUUUCCCCUUGGAUCGAGAAAGGAACCGUUGUGCAUGGACCCAAUGGCUUGCCGACUCCGACGUCAGAGUACGAGCACUCGUCCAUUCCCGCAACGGUGAAGAAGAUUUUCAACCUCUCUUCCCCGUUUCUUACAAAGAGAGAUGCAUGGGCUGGCACUUUCGAACAUAUCUUAAGUGUCCGGACCGAACCCAGAACCGAUUGCCCAGAGAAGCUACCGGAACCGGUAAGGAUAAGAAAGGGUGAGGCAAAGGAGGACGCGAAACUGACGGAAUUCCAACGGGAGUUGAUACAGUUGGCCGCGGUCUUGAAGGGCGACCACGUUCUAUCGACUUUUCCCGAGGAAACGGGUAAAAACAUGACGGUGAGGGAAGGGAAAAUGUACAUGGACGAAGCCGUGAAACGCUUCUUCGAGGCCGGACGUCUGGCUCUCAGGAUGGGCGUUGAUAAGGAACAGAUUGUGCAGAUGAAACCUUCACUCACCUCAAGAUCUUCUGAAGGCGCAAAGUCCGAACCCGGAAAUUAGAA